AUGGAUGUUAAGACUGUAUUCUUGCACAGGGAGUUGGAAGAGCAGAUCUACAUGAAGCAACCAGAGGGCUACAAAAUUGAAGGGGCAGAUAAAAAGGUGAAAAGAAUAGGAGGAGAAGAAGAAGAAGAAGAAGAAAGAGGCUCUCCCAUAUCACUAAGAUUCUCUGUGUUUCCAUAUUGUCCAACCAGCUAUGGGCUUUUCAAUGUAGCACAUCUGUUGAUGCUAGGUCUUAAAGAGGUUUUGGAGCUGACUAGGAAUGCUGCUAGAGAUAAUAAGAAGUCCCUCAUUAUUCCAAGGCAUGCUCUUUUGGCUGUCAGAAAUGAUGAGGAGCUUGGGAAAUUGCUAGCUAGUGUGACAAUUUCAAGUGGUGGUGUUUUUCCAAACAUAAACUUUGUUCUCUUGCCUAAGAAGUCUGAGGAAGCUUCAAAAUCUCCAAAAAAGGAUUGA